CCAUUCCAUUUCUGAUUUCCUCCUUUUUGUUUGUUGCCAUUACCCCAAUUUAGAACAGACACUCAUUGUUUUCUUUGCAUAUCUGGUAUUCAGCUGUUACUGUUUUUCAUUCAAUGGGUCUUACUUCUCUGCGAGUUUGCAUGGAUUCAUCUGACUGGCUUCAGGGGACGAUUAAUGAGGAGUCUCAGAUUGAUUGUUCAUCACUAUCUGGGGAUAUGCUGACAUGCUCAAGGCCGUUGGUCGAAAGGAGGUUAAGACCCCCGCAUGACCAAGCUCUCAAAUGCCCCAGGUGUGAGUCCACGCACACCAAAUUUUGCUACUACAACAAUUACAGCCUUUCCCAGCCCAGGUACUUCUGCAAGACCUGCAGGAGGUACUGGACCAAGGGAGGCACGCUCAGGAACAUUCCUGUUGGUGGAGGAUGUAGAAAGAACAAGAAAGUUUCGCCGAAAAAGUCGAGUACUGAGCAGCAACCAUCCAUCAACAUUGCUGGAUCAUCCACUUCUCAUAAUCCCACCCAUCUCCAGCUUUCAAAUUUCCCUGAUAUGCACCUUAAUAACGUACUCGCUAUCGAUGCAACCAACUUCAUGGGGGGAAGUAUGUACAAUUCUCGGCUGGAAUACCCAAUGCCGAUCGAUUGCAUGGAGAGUAAGUUGGAAGCCAUAGUAGGGAGCUCCAGGAACUAUGACUUCAUGGGGAAUGGUACUGAGUUGGGUAUGGUUGAGGGAGUUGGAGAUAUGGGAAUGAGUCAUCAUGACCUCUGCUCUCCAUAUGGGAUGUCCCUUUAUGGAAAUGGCGGUACAUUCAUGGACAGGAUGAUGCUUCCUUAUGAUGCAAAUGAAGAUCAGGAUGUGAAACCCAACAACAAACUCCUGUCCCUCGACUGGAAAGACCAAGGAUAUUCCGAUGCCGGGAAAGACAAUUAUGGAUACAUGAAUAGCUUGGGAUCAUGGAGUGGAGUGAUGCAAAUUCAUUAG